AUGACAAUCGAGAUUUCUUUCUUAAUCAAAAUGUUCGUGUUCCUGCUCAUAUUUGUUUUUAUCCAUUUUGUCGGUGCUCAUGAAUCGAAAUCACUUCAAAUUCUUCAUGAGCUAAAUACAGAUUUUGGAAUGGAGCUAAAUGUGUUCGUCGACUUUGGCAAUCUCGAGAGUUUAUAUUUACUUAAAAACUUGGACACUCCCAGGAUUCAACUCACUUCACAAUCCGCGGAAAGUUGGGAUUUUCAAAUCCGAGGAAUCUUUACGGAAAGAUCUCUUGUCUUAGUGAGAUUAGGUGAUUCUGGACUGGAUCCCAGAGUGGCCAGUCUUCUUCCCCAUCUCGUCGACAAAGUGCAUGAGCUGCACUUUGUAUUUCUGAGUAUGCAGGAACCACUUUUUCCCAAAGAUGACCUCUACACAUACUGCUACAAACAGGGAUUUGUUAAUGUGCUUUUAAUAGGUGCAGGAAUCAUGUACAGUUAUCUGCCGUAUCCCUAUAUUCAACCGAUUAAGCUCUCAAAUAUCUCUGAGUAUCUCAAUAGAGAAAGGAUUAUUCGAAAUUUCCGGGGAUUUCCCAUUCGAACACUUCGAUCAACGUUGGCGCCCCGGGACUUCGAGUACCUAAACGAUCGAAAUGAGUUGGUACGAGGUGGAUAUUUGUUUGCGGCCGUCAAGGAGUUUGCUAAUCGCUAUAAUGCCACUCUGGACAGUGUUAUCAUGCCCAACGUAACGGAAUACGCAGCGUACGUGGCCGUCGAGGAAAUGCUGAUCGCCAAAAGGAUCGAUAUUGUCUGCUAUUUUAGAGCGUUGAGCUGGAAUGUGGCCUACACAGCUCCGCUUUCGAUCAUCGCCGAGUACUUGAUGAUUCCACAAGUUCGACCGAUUUCCAGUUUUCUUUAUUACUCCCGCCCCUUCAGUUGGUCCUUGUGGGUGGUCGUGGCUUUGACCGUCCUCUAUGGUUCUCUCAUGCUGUACCUAAGUUCAGGAAGAGCGCGAAACGAGAUCGGAGAGUGCCUGCUUUAUAGCUUCAGCCACAUCCUAUACAGCUGCCACCAAGCAAUCAGGAUUGGAGGCUGGAGAGAUACAGUUAUUCACGUUAUCCUAACGAUCGCUGGUUUUAUACUCACCAACGUCUAUUUGGCCACACUGUCCAGCAUCCUUACAUCUGGACUGUUCGAAAAGGAGUACAAUACUUUCGAGGACCUGUCCAAUGCUCCGUACCCGAAUCUUCACGACGAGUUCUACAGGAUGGAAUUGCAAAGCAAAACAUUUCUUCCCGAAUCCUUCCGACAGAAGAGCAUCACCUUAAAUAUCACUUUGCUUACAGCAUAUCGAGAUGGGCUCAACAAAAACUAUAUAUAUCUUCUGUACGAGGAUCGCCUGGAGCUGGUAUUGAUGCAGCAAUACCUACUGAAGACGCCGCGUUUCUAUAAGCUUCGCCAAGAAGUGGGUUACGCCCUCGAAUCCUACUGCGUGUCCAACAGCUUGCCGUAUCUGAAAAUGACUAGCGAGUUCAUGAGGCGGCUGCAGGAGCACGGAAUCAACAUCAAGUUCAAGGCGGAUGCAUUCCGGGAACUCAUUCAGCUGGGAAUGUACACCCUGAUGCGGGAUGAUGAACCUCCGACCAAGGCGUUUGACCUCCAGUACUACUACUUCGCCUUCGGCUUGUGGGCUGUUGGCCUGGUUUUGGCUCUUCUGGUUUUAUCCAUUGAGCUGGUUAAGUGGCGGUACCACAAAACAAGAGCUCGAAAAUAA